AUGGCCAUGGGAAGCUGCGGAACCAGCGGUGGUAUGGCCGGGCGGCGGCACGCGGCCAUGCUCGGCAUCGGCACGGCGAACCCGACCGGCGUCCUAGUGCCCCAAGACGUCUUCGCCGAGAACCUCUUCCGCGUCACCAACAGCGACCACCUCCCUGAACUCAAGGAGAAGCUCAGGAGAAUCUGCGAAAAAUCCGGCAUCGAGAGGCGGCACUUCCACCUGACGGAGGAGACGCUGGCCGCGCACCCGGAGCUGUUCGACAGGGAGCUGCCGUCGCUGGACACCCGCGUGGACAUGACAGCCGACGCCGUGCCGAAGCUGGCGCAGUGCGCCGCGGCCAAGGCCAUCGCCGAGUGGGGCCGCCCGACCGCCGACAUCACCCACCUCGUCUUCAGCACCUACUCCGCCUGCCAGGCCCCCACCGCCGACCUCCGGCUGGCCACGCUGCUGGGCCUCCGCCCCACGGUGAGCCGCACCAUGCUCAGCCUCCACGGCUGCUACGGCGGCGGCAGGGCGCUGAGCCUCGCCAAGGAGCUGGCCGAGAACAACCGCGGCGCGCGCGUCCUCGUCGCCUGCUCCGAGAUGACGCUCGUCUGCUUCGGAGCGCCCGACGGCGGCAACAUCGUCGGCCACGCGCUGUUCGGGGACGGAGCGGGCGCCGUCGUCGUCGGGGCCGGCCCUUUCCUCGACGGCGAGCGGCGCCCGAUCUUCGAGAUGGUCUCCGCCACGCAGACCACGAUUCCCAGGACCGAGCACGCGCUGGGCAUGCGGGUCUCCGGGGGCGGCGUCGACUUCCACCUGGCCAUCCAGGUGCCCACGCUCGUCGGGCAGAACGUGGAGCAAUGCCUUCUCGACGCAUUCCGUAGCGCCAUUGUCGACGACGACGACGGUGGUGCUGCUCCUCCGCCAUCCCCAUGCUCUGGGAAUGGGAACGGGAGGUGGAACGACCUCUUCUGGGCGGUGCACCCAGGAGGCCGUCCGAUCCUGGAUAACAUAAACAAGGUGCUGAUGCUGGAGCCGGAGAAGCUGGCGGCCAGCCGGCAUGUGCUCCGCGAGUACGGCAACAUGAGCGGCGCCACGAUCGUGUUCGUGCUUGACGAGCUGCGCCGGGGCCGGAGCCCGCUGCCGGAGUGGGGUGCACUGCUGGCCUUCGGACCGGGAAUCACGAUCGAGGCCAUGGUGCUCCGCUGUCCACGCUAGCUAGAUGGUCCAUCCAUCCACGGCCGGUGCCCAUAUUCAUCCCAGGGCUACUUAUAUACGUAUACGUAUUUGUGUGUACGCGUGUGCCAUACAAAGUGCACAAGUCAUCAGCCAACUAGUAGUCAAAGAAGGCAGACGGCCACGUCACAUAUAUAUCUCUGUCAGUCAUGCACCUAAGCUUUCAGUCCAGCCAUGUCCCACUAAACUAGCUACUCCUAAUUAUGUACCUGGGUGUAAUAUGAUUCAAAAAAUGAGUAAAUGGGUUAAAUAAAAUGCAGACCUAUAUAA